ACCCUCUCGACUCAGACGAGGCGCACCAUUACAACGCGACGCUCUUUUCUAAAAUCCAAGUUUUAAAUUAAUUUUGUAUGAAAGGCACCGUGUUACUGUGUAUACGUUAAUAUUACAUGGUAUUGUACUGUUGUGUUGUGGAAUUGUUAGCUGGAAUGGACUUUUUUAUACACCACCGCCAGUGAAUGUGUGAUUUCGGUCAGAGAAAUCUCUGAGCGAUCCGGCAAGAGCAUUAAAACAAUGGACACCAGGGCAGACGACGACGAGCCCCCGCCGGACCCCGCGGCACGAAAGCACAACCACCAUGAUUACACAGAACAAGACUUUGAAGGUCACCGGGCGCACACCGUGUUCGUGGGAGUUCACGUGCCGACUCGCCGGCACUCUCAUCGGAAACACAAACAUCACCAUCGCACUGAAAAGGACCCUGAGAAACCUAGCUCUGCGAUAAUGGCCCGCGUUAGAAGGCUGAGUGUGACGGAUGACGGUGAAACAUUGACACCACCAGCACAAAGAGUGCAGUUUAUUCUAGGUGAAGAUGUCGAUGACUCCACAAUGGAAUCCCAUCCACUUUUUUCCGAAAUGGAAGAACUUGUAAAAGACGGUGAUGAACUUGAAUGGAAGGAAACGGCACGAUGGAUUAAGUUCGAAGAAGACGUGGAAGAAGGUGGCAAUAGAUGGUCAAAACCACACGUAGCUACUCUAUCUUUACACUCACUGUUCGAGCUACGAAGUCUAAUUUUAAACGGUUCCGUUAUACUUGACAUGGAAGCAAAUUCAUUAGAACAAGUAGCAGAACAUGUGUUAGACAAUAUGGUGAUGGAUGGAUUUCUGGGCUACGAUAAUAGGGAAAAAGUUAAGGACGCUCUAUUGAGACGACAUAGACAUCAGCACGAAAAACGCAAUCAUCAUCAUCAUCAUAAUAAUAUGUCAAGGCUACCGUUGAUUCGAUCGUUAGCCGACAUUGGAAGGAACCAUUCUUCGUGUAAAAAUUUACAGGAAAGAGAUGUCAGAAGUAGCUCAAAAAGCUGUCGAGGACCUACCUCGUCGCCUAACACUGCUCUUCUUCAUGCGAGUGACACAAGAGGUUGCUAUCUAGCUGUCCCAGGCGCACCACACGAUGAAGGUAUGGUCAAAAGUCCGAGCAGUGCAUCUAUGCAACAUAAUCACGAUGUUACAAUGAAUGGAGAUGUUAAUCAUAAAAGUAAUACUCACUUUAUGCGCAAAAUCCCACCGGGUGCUGAAGCUUCCAACAUAUUAGUCGGCGAAGUUGAUUUCCUCGAAAAAACCUUAUCAGCGUUUGUUAGAUUGAAAACAGGAACAAUUAUGGGAGAUUUAACGGAAGUGCCAGUACCAACGCGAUUUAUGUUUGUAUUGCUAGGUCCACCCAAUAGUAAUUCUAGUUUUCAUGAAAUCGGUAGGGCAAUGGCUACUUUAAUGUCAGACGAGAUCUUUCACGAAGUAGCUUAUCGAGCAAAAAGACGUGACCAUUUACUAGCAGGAAUUGAUGAGUUUUUAGACGCCGUUACAGUUCUCCCACCUGGCGAGUGGGAUCCCGCUAUUAGAAUUGAACCUCCUGCAGCAAUUCCAUCUCAAGAUCCUCGUAAGCGGCCAACUGAUAACAAUAUAAAAGAAGAACCUGACGAAGAAGAGGAGGAACAACGUCAACGUGAAGAAUCAGGUUUAGCUCGAAGUGGAAAACUAUUUGGUGGUUUAAUAAAUGAUUUAAAAAGAAAAAUGCCAUGGUAUUGGUCUGACUUUAAAGACGCUCUAGCAAUACAAUGCAUAGCGUCCUGGAUAUUUUUGUAUUUUGCUUGUUUAUCUCCUAUUAUAACUUUUGGGGGACUUCUAGGCGAAGCGACCGGCAAAAAUAUGGCAGCCAUGGAAUCCUUGGUUUCCGGAUUUGUAUGCGGAAUGGGUUAUGGCUUUUUUUCAGGACAACCUUUGACAAUUUUAGGAUCAACGGGACCUGUUUUAGUAUUCGAAACAAUUGUAUUUGAAUUCUGUAAACAAGUCGGUUGGAACUAUAUGUCAUUUAGAUUUUGCAUCGGUACUUGGACAACUAUUAUUUUGAUCACACUAGUAGCAAUUGAUGCUAGUGCAUUUGUUUGCUAUAUUACCAGAUUUACUGAGGAAAAUUUCGCCACGCUAAUUGCAUUCAUAUUUAUUUACAAGGCGGUUGAGAAUGUUAUUUCUAUCGGGAAAAAAUUCCCUCUAAAGACACGCCCUGAUGAAAUUCUCAAUUAUGAAUGUUACUGUUUACCAAGCAAUUACUCAAGAGUGCCUGAGCAAUUUAAUUGGACCUCCCUUGAUAAAGAGUCUUGUAAAUUCUAUAAUGGGACUCUUGCCGGCGGGGGAUGCGAUACAAAAGUAUAUGUUCCAGAUGUAUUUUUGAUGUCCAUUAUAUUAUUCCUCGGAACUUUUGCAAUUUCUAUAAUUUUGAAAGACUUUAAGAACUCAUUGUUUUUCCCAGCAAAGGUUCGACAAAUUAUAAGUGACUUUUCUGUUAUCAUAGCUAUUCUAUCAAUGUCCUUCCUAGAUUAUAAAGUUGGAGUAAAAACACCAAAACUUGAAGUUCCAUCUGAGUUCAAACCAACUUUGCCAUCGAGACAAUGGGUGAUCACUCCUUUUAAUGGCAAUCCAAUUUGGUCCGCUCUUGUCGCAAUCUUACCAGCACUAUUAGGGACAAUUCUGAUAUUUAUGGAUCAACAGAUCACUGCAGUUAUCGUUAACCGUAAAGAAAAUAAACUUAAGAAAGGCUGUGGAUACCAUCUAGAUCUGUUUGUAUUGGCUAUUUUAAUACAAAUAUGUUCGAUCAUGGGAUUGCCCUGGUUUGUGGCGGCUACUGUCCUGAGUAUUAACCACGUUAAUUCCUUGAAAGUUGAAUCUGAAUGUGCUGCUCCAGGUGAAAAGCCACAAUUCUUAGGAGUAAGAGAACAAAGAGUCACGCAUAUAUUGAUAUUUUUGACAAUCGGUUGUUCUGUUGUACUAACACCAGUAUUACGACACAUACCUAUGCCAGUUCUGUUCGGAGUCUUCCUUUACAUGGGUGUUGCAUCCCUCAAAGGUCUUCAAUUCUUUGAUAGAAUUUUGAUCAUGUUUAUGCCACAAAAAUAUCAGCCGGAUCACAUGUUUCUUCGACAGGUACCAAUCCGCCGCGUACAUAUAUUCACAGCUAUACAGCUGACUUGCCUAAUUUGCCUCUGGUUGAUAAAAUCCUUUUCCUCAACAUCAAUCUUAUUCCCGCUUAUGUUAGUUGUGAUGAUAGGUAUCAGAAAGGCAUUGGAUUUAUUCUUCACGAGAAGAGAACUUAAAAUUCUAGAUGACGUCAUGCCUGAAAUGACGAAAAGGAAUCAAGAUGAGCUUCGGGAACUUGGUGACGGAGAGGUGGGAUGGCAUGCAAAACUGUUCACCCUUUGUCAUCUGAAAUAAGCUUAU